UAUAUUUAUACGUGUAUACACCAUAUAUUUAUACGUGUACACCAAAUAUCUAUACGUGUACACACCCAUACAUUAAAAAUGUACAUCGUAUCGUGUCCAUUAUCAAUAUAAGCACAUACAAUACUAUAACAUAAAAAGUAAGGAUAAAAAAGUUGGUCAUAUGUUAAUGGAAAGUAUUGUGCCUCCAUGACUCCAAGGGAAUCAAACCCUCUCGGUGUUGGAUAGGGGGGUACAGAUAUAUCCAAAUAAUACCAUAUACAGUAGAUAUUCUAUUUAUGAUCUCUGAGGUAUCAUAGUAUCAUGAGCAAUGCUAAGGGGACUCUCAAUACGUAUACAUCCCCUUUUGUUACAUAUAUAGAAGUCUUUUGCAAAAAGAUUUUUAUUUUGGGUAAAAGCAACAAAAAUGGUUAAUAAAGGGUACAAACUAUUUAUUGUUUCCUUUUAGAUAUGCCCGUAAUCAUUUAUCAACAUAUAGGGACAUAAUUGGAAGACAUUCGCGUUCAAGAACAUGGAAACCCCUUGGGAUGAAGGAUUUCCGAUCCUUCCUAGCAAUUUUCUUCAACAUGUGUCUUCUUAAGAAGUUGUCCAUCGCAGAAUAUUGGAACGUUUUGCUACCAAGCCAAGCAUCUGUUUGGUUCAGGAAAGUUCUGUCAAGGAACAGGUUCCAAAUCAUUAUGAAAUUUCUUCAUGUAGCAGAUUUUCAAAGGAUGGUUCCGAGACAGCACCCAGCAUAUGAUCCAGCCUCCAGGUUUCGGCCCUUAUUAUCAUUCAUCAACAACCAGUUCAGACGAUACGUUGUCCCUAAAAGAGAACUAUGUGUCGAUGAAACGUUAGUUGGAAGUAGAGGUCACAGUGUCAUGCGACAGUAUAUUCCAUCUAAAGCAUCUAAAUAUGGCGUUAAGUUUUGGAUGUUAUGUGAAGCCGCUACAGGUUACAUUAUGCAGAUGUUUGUCUAUAGAGGAAAAGAGUUUGACCCGACACCAAGAGGCGAGCUUCAAGGCACUAAUGUUGUUCAUGACCUGCUGAGUGCGUCAGAACUUCUAAAUAAAGGUUACCAUGUCUUCUGCGACAGUUUCUUUUGCUCCAUACAUCUAGGAACAGCUCUUCUGAGAUGCAGAACCUAUCUAACAGGUACUCUCAGGAAAAACAGACCGAUGCCACUUACCAUAAGGAAUGGAAAUCCUAAUCCUGAGACACCUAUAUACAUGAGAAAUGGUCAAAUGUUAUGUCUCGUUUAUCGAGACAAUGAUGACAAGAAACCUACUAGGUUACUAAGUACACUUAUCCCAGCUCAGCAGCUACCUACCGGAAGGCCACGGAUUGUCCAAAGUUACAAUAAGUAUAUGGGCGCUGUAGAUUUAGAUGAUGCUCUCAUGAGUUCUUACUGUUAUCAAAGGAAAAACAAAAAGGUGUGGAAAAAGAUUGUACUGAAUUUAUUUCACAGAAUCAUGCUGAACGCGUACAUUCUUUACAGUCAAAAUACUUCAGAUCGCCCCGUAAUGUCCCGAUUAAAAUUUAUUCAGCUUGUUGUCGAGUCACUUGCUGAUUUAGGACAUAUAAAUGCGUUACCAAGAAAUCGACGUCCAAGGCAGAGGCUGGAUUUGCUCCCAGGGCGAAGGGAAAAAGACUGUUGUGUUUGUUCCAAACGAGCUGCGGGGGGUGUUAGGAGGCGAAGUAGGACAGUUUGCUCAAUAUGCAAACGUGGAGUCCAUAGGCACUGUCUAACGAGGCACGCAGUACUAUGUAAUGAACAAUAAAACAAUUCUACUGUACAUUGUAUUGUUACUAACGAAUAAGGUGGUGCUGGAAGGGUUAGUGUAUUCUCUACGCUUAAAUGUUUAUGAGAAAUAACACAAGAAAAAUGUUAUUGUUGUCGUUAAACUGUAG